CCAAGCCAAUCAUCCCAUCCAAUGAUUAUCGAUCUUGCAAAGCAGAUGAUGUCUAUCUCAAGGGAAUGCACCUGUUCCUCGUGCUUCCAGAUCUCAAGGCACUGUUCCUCGUGCUUCCAAUUCUCAUGGGAAUGCAUCCACCCUCACCAGCCAGUCAAAACCAACAAGCCGGUCUGUCUCCUCCACCAUCCAAUCCAAACUCUCCUAAUCCAUCUCAUUCAGCUACUCAACCACCAACUGGGCGUCUCAACGAUCUGACAUUGGAGGAGCUCCUUGACAGUCCGGGGCUUCAGUCUCUUCAGAGACUAGAUCCAAAUCGUCCUCCGGAACUCUCUGGUUUGACAUUGAUACUUCAGUUGCAGCUUCUGUCCGCAAGAUUUUUGAAAGAGAUUUCAAGGAACCUCAUGCCAAUUGGACAUAGACUCCUGAUGCAGUGGUCAAUCCAAAUGUACAACUGGGACAAGUCCAUAAAUGAGAGAGUUAGAGAUGAGUUUGAGGACACGUUGAAGGAUAGGAUGUCUGAUCAAGUUUCUCGGUGGAAGGGAAAGUGGAAGAAUAUAGGUGAUGAGGCAAAGCCUAAAUGGAUUGAUCCUCAAGUGUGGGCUGGACUUGUUCGUUUUUGGCGUGAUCCUAAAUCAGAAAUUAGGAGUAUCAACAGUAGAAAUGCCCGAUAUCAUGAUCCUGAUGGCCUUGGUAUAUCUAAACACCGUUCUGGCCAGACCUCUUUCAAAUCCCGUGCCAGAAAGCAUUGUGAGGAGACUGGUGAUUCAACUCCAGAUUUUCUGGUGGUUCUUGAGCAAACUCAUCGCAAACCUGAUGGGACUUUCAUUGAUAGAAACUCUGCUUCAGGUGGAUUAUCAGUGGCUGCCAAGAACAAGAUUUAUGCUCAGGUUGCUCCAAGGAAGAAAGGAAGGUUGUAUGGGGUUGGUUCUCUGCAGAAUGAAGCAUCCUCAGUCCAUGUUGGUCCACUGCCUACUCAUAAUGAUCGAGAGGCUCUAUUGGAGAAGCUUGCUGCUGCUGAAGCUCGUCUUCAACUUCAGGCUGAGAAGAUCAAUAGCUUCGAUGCCUAUUGGCAAUACCUCGCAAAGAAGGAUCCAGUGUUUGCAGGCAUGUAUCGAGGACCAUCUGAACCGGCAAAUGGAGACGCCACAAGAACAGCGGAGGCCAACGAGACUGGAGGCGAUCAGACCGGAACCGAUCAGACCGGCGGAACUGAGACAGGAACUGACGUCUCUCACCACAUGCAUCCCUUCUGUUGCGUUACCACUGUCUCUGAUCACUCUCCUUCGAUGCCUCCGUUACCGGAACCACAACCGCCUCUACCGAUACACGCCGCUGCUUCCUCCGCAACGCCUUUUGGUUCCGCGAGAUCCGAGCCGAUUAUUUCUCGAUCUGCUUCUCAGAGUUAUAAUCAUCAUUCAGGUCAAUUGAAUAACAAUCAGAAUCUUAUUCAUAGUCUUUCGUUUAAUCACCAGAGUGAUGUCGCGAAUCGAUUGGGGCAACGCGUUUUAGCUUUGCCGGCGGCGGUUAGAGAACCUCCGGUUGAUGUUAAGAUUAACGAUAUCGUUGGGAAUGGAAUUGCUGGGAUUUUGUAUAAGUGGGUGAAUUAUGGUAGAGGAUGGAGACCUAGGUGGUUUGUUUUGCAAGAUGGUGUGCUUUCUUAUUAUAAGAUUCAUGGACCUGAUAAGAUCUUUGUUAGUCCUGAAACUGAAAAAGGAUCUAAAGUUAUCGGAGAUGAGUCUGCUCGUAUGAUCUCACGGCACCACCGCCGUGGCGGAAGCAGCAGUAGUUGCCAGCAUCGCCGCAAGCCAUUCGGAGAAGUCCAUCUUAAGGUUUCUUCAGUUAGGGAGAGUAGAUCAGAUGAUAAGAGGUUUUCCAUUUUUACUGGUACAAAGAGGCUUCACUUGCGUGCAGAGACGCGGGAGGACCGAACAACUUGGGUUGAGGCUUUACAAGCUGUUAAAGAUAUGUUUCCAAGGAUGUCUAAUAGUGAAUUGAUGGCUCCGACUAACAAUUUGGCCAUGUCUACGGAGAAGCUUAGGCUAAGGUUGAUUGAGGAAGGAGUUAGUGAGUUAGCUAUUCAGGACUGUGAGCAAAUUAUGAAGUCUGAGUUCUCAGCACUUCAGAGCCAGCUGGUGCUUCUCAAGCAGAAGCAGUGGCUUCUCAUUGAUACUCUUAGGCAGUUGGAGACGGAAAAGGUAGAUCUGGAGAACACUGUUGUAGAUGAGAGUCAAAGACAGGCUGAUAAUGGAUGUUCCGGUGAAUUGAGACACGAGAAGUUCAGUGAAGGGACUGCCACCGAAUCUGAUGAUGAUAAUGAACGCGGUGAUGCCGCCGAGGAGGAAUUUGAUGAGGAAGAAAAUACCUUUUUUGAUACACGUGACUUUCUUUCUUCAAGUUCUUUCAAGAGUAGUGGUUCUGGUUUUCGUACGUCAUCAUUUUCUUCCGAUGAAGAUGGCUUUGAGUCCGAAGAUGAUAUUGAUCCUUCCAUCAAGUCUAUUGGAUGCAACUAUCCUCGCGUCAAAAGGAGGAAGAAUUUACCUGAUCCGGUUGAAAAAGAGAAAAGUGUUAGCCUUUGGUCAAUGAUCAAAGACAAUAUAGGCAAGGACCUAACAAAAGUCUGUCUUCCUGUUUACUUCAACGAGCCACUUUCUUCUUUACAGAAAUGUUUUGAGGAUUUGGAAUAUUCAUACCUUCUUGACCGUGCAUUUGAAUAUGGCAAAAGGGGAAAUAGCCUCAUGAGGAUUCUCAAUGUAGCUGCUUUUGCUGUAUCUGGGUAUGCAUCAACCGAAGGAAGAAUCUGCAAACCUUUUAAUCCAUUGUUAGGUGAAACAUACGAGGCAGACUAUCCAGACAAAGGCCUUCGAUUUUUUUCAGAAAAGGUCAGUCAUCAUCCUAUGGUUGUCGCAUGCCAUUGUGAUGGCACGGGAUGGAAAUUCUGGGGAGACAGCAAUCUUAGGAGCAAAUUCUGGGGUCGAUCUAUUCAGCUUGAUCCUGUUGGUGUAUUGACUUUGCAAUUUGAUGAUGGAGAAAUCCUUCAGUGGAGCAAGGUGACUACAUCAAUAUACAAUCUCAUACUUGGUAAACUGUACUGUGAUCACUACGGUACAAUGCGUAUUGAGGGCAGUGCUGAAUACUCAUGUAAACUUAAAUUCAAGGAGCAGUCCAUCAUAGACCGAAAUCCUCAUCAGGUUCAUGGUAUAGUUCAAGACAAGAGUGGGAAGACAGUGGCAACGAUGUUUGGGAAAUGGGAUGAGAGCAUGCACUUUGUGACGGGUGAUUGUUCUGGGAAAGGGAAACAGAGUGAAGCUAUGUCAGGAGCUCAACUUCUCUGGAAACGGAGCAAACCUCCUGGAAACGCAACAAAGUAUAAUCUAACACGUUUUGCAAUCACGUUGAAUGAGCUUACGCCUGGGCUUAAGGAGAGCCUUCCACCAACGGAUUCAAGGCUGCGACCGGACCAGAGGUAUCUCGAGAACGGAGAGUUUGAAAUGGCCAACACAGAGAAGUUGCGGCUGGAACAGCGACAACGUCAGGCUAGGAAGAUGCAGGAGAGAGGAUGGAAGCCGAGGUGGUUCAUGAAGGAGAAAGGAAGCGAGUCAUACCGAUACAAAGGAGGUUACUGGGAAGCCCGAGAGGAUGGAUUAUGGGUAGACUGUCCAGACAUCUUCGGCCACAUCGAUUCCGAUCAACAAAUGAUAGAGUAAAAAGAAAAUAUAAGCCACAUCGAUUC